AUGCUUAGAAAGGGAGAGGAAGCACUCCUCCGAUUCAAAGCUUCCAUUGUUGAUCACCAUGGCAUGCUGUCUUCUUGGACCACUCCUGAUUGCUGCCAAUGGAAAGGGAUUUGCUGCAGCAACCUCACUGCUAAUAUCGUAAGCCUCGACCUUCAUGGUGAGUAUGAUUAUGAAACUGAAUCAUGGUCUUAUUAUAUCAGCGGAAAGAUCCACCAAUCAUUGAUUGAGUUGCAACAAUUAAAGUAUCUCAACCUCAGUUACAAUUCUUUUUCACAUAUCCCAGAGUUUCUUGGUUCUCUCAGGAACUUGAGAUACCUUGAUCUCUCAUGCUGUUAUUUUGACGGAAAAAUUCCAAGUCAGUUUGGGUCUCUUUCUCAUUUGAAAUACCUUAAUCUCGCUUCGAAUAAUCUUGAGGGUUCUAUCCCUACUCAACUCGGAAAUCUCUCCAAGUUGGAGUAUCUUGAUCUCAGAGGCAAUUCUUUUCAAGGAAAUUUACCAACCGAACUUCAAAGUCUCUCUAAGCUGGAGUAUCUUGAUCUCGCUUUCAAUUCAUUUGAAGGAAAUAUACCAUCCCAACUCGGAAACCUUUCUAAGUUGGAACAUCUUGACCUCAGCUUCAAUAUUUUGAAGGAUAUAUACCAUCUCAACUGGGAAGUCUUUCUAACUUACAACAACUUUAUCUUGGUGGGGAAGAUUAUAAUGGAGAUCUCGAAUUCAACGAUAGGGCUACCAAAACUAAGAGAGCUAAGCUUAAUUGAUUGUAGCCUUUCUGAUCAUUUUAUCCUUUCAUUGAGGCCUUUCAAAUUCAACUUUUCUACUUCUCUUUUGGCCUUUGAUCUUUCUGAGAACGCCUUCACGUCACCUGUGAUACUUCAAUGGGUGUCAAAUAUAACUUCCAACCUUGUUGAGUUGGACCUUUCUUAUAACAACUUGGAGGAUUCUGUAUCCAAACAUUUUGGCAUGGCAAUGAAUUCUCUUGAGAUCCUUGACCUUUCUUCUAAUAGUUUCAAGGGUGAGGUUUUGAAAUCCUUCAUGAAUAUAUGCACCUUACAUUCUUUAUACAUGCAUCAAAACAAUUUAACCGAAGACCUUUCAUCAAUUCUUCAGAGUUUAUCUAGUGGUUGCAUUAGAUACUCACUACAAGAUUUGAAUUUGGGAGAAAAUUAUAUUAAUGGAUCUUUACCAGACAUUUCAGCAUUUUCAGUUUUGAAGUCAUUGGAUCUUUCAUAUAUAAUCGAUUAG